AUGGCUCCUGGAAUUCAAGACUCAUCUCUUCCUUCUCGCCCUACACCUAAGGAUGGCACUACUUACCCUGUGCCACUGAAGCUUACUGGUGCUUUGGACAAGUUUUCUUUUGAGGAUACGACACCGGCCAUUGGUCGUGAAUUUCACAAUGUCAACAUCGUCGAUGACCUCUUGAAUGCCGAAAAUGCCGAUGAACUGAUUCGCGACGUUGCUAUUACAAUCUCUCAACGUGGAGUUGUCUUUUUCCGAGCCCAAAAUAACCUCGACGAUGACUUGCAGAAGAAGUUUGUCCACCGACUGGGCCAGCUUUCCGGCAAGCCAGCAGACUCAACACUGCACAUUCAUCCGGUCCUCAACAACACCAGUGAAUUUGGGGUCAACGACGCACAAGUCAGCACCAUCAGCUCGGUCAUUCGCAAGAGGAUGUUCCGUCACCAGAAUCAGCCCAACAAGCGCCGCUAUGAUUCAGCCCAAUGGCACUCAGAUAUCCAAUUCGAGGAAGCUCCAGCCGACUACACCUCGCUCCGACUUACCCAGCUUCCUAGCUCUGGUGGAGAUACACUUUGGGCCUCAGGCUAUGACCUCUAUGAUCGAUUUUCACCGGCUUACCAAAAGUUCUUUGAGGGACUUACUGCAACCUAUAUUGGCGAUGGCUUCCUCAAGGCUGCGGAGGCAGAUCCCAAUAUUAUCGUUCACACUGACCCUCGAGGUAGCCCACUGAACACUGGAUCUCACUUGUCCGCUGUUCACCCUAUCGUGCGGACCAACCCAGUGACCGGUUGGAAGAGUAUCUACGCCGUGGGGCCAUUUCCUAAGCAGAUUAAUGAGCUUACCCAGGACGAGUCUGAUGAGCUUCUGAAGAAAUUUUAUAAUACUAUCCUCGAAGGCCAUGACAUCCAGGUCAGGUUCAAGUGGAGAAAUGAGAACGAUAUCGCCAUCUGGGAUAAUCGAUCUGCAUUCCAUACCGCUACAUUUGAUUACGAAGGUCUCGGCGAGCGAUAUGGCCACCGAGCCGUUGGUAUCGGCGAGAAGCCUUUCCUUGAUCCCAACAGCACCUCGAAGGCUGAGGCUCUGGCUGCCAGCGCUAAAUAA